CUUCGUCUGGUUUCGGCCCCGCUCUCCACGCCCGCCGCCGGGCCUCUCGUCUCGUUCAACACUCCUCUGUCCAUGCAGCAGCCAUCUCGGAGUCGCCGCCGCCCGCCGCGGCGUCUGCGUGACCACUGUCCACUGGCCACUGACCGCUGUCCAGAUAGAUGGGCUGGUUCGAUUGUCGAGACGAGUCCAGUCGACGAGUCGACGACCGACUACCGACUCACGACUCGUCGUGGUUCGGGAUCUUGCUCAUGCCCACCCAUUCACACGCACACGCACACACGCUCGCUCUCCUCUUGACUCUUACACAUCAUCAUCAUCAUCAUCAUCAUCAACAUCCACUUGCCCACUUGCCCACCCACACCCACGCCCACACACGCAACUGUGCAACGGCGAAAAAAAAAAAAAAAAAGACACACGCCCCCACCCCACUUCCCGCUUUCCCCAGCGCCGCCGCCAGCAAGCAGCAAGCAGCAGCUGCAUCGCUGCCCGCGCGGUCACGACUCGCGGCCGUGGCCGGGGACGCCGCGUCGGGAACUCGGGGUUGCAGGCUGGAGGUUGGGGGUUGCGGUCUAGAGGCUGGAGCGGAGUCUGGACCCUUGGUUGUGGGGGCGAGAGUGACGUGACGUAACGGAGUUGGUGCAUGGGUGGAUUGGUAGAGCAGGCAGAGUACUCUAGGUAGAGUAGUGAGGCGUGCUCUACCACAGGAGUAGGCACUCUCUUUUCUGUUCUACUGCCUAUGUAGGUAGGUACUUUCUACGGUGGUGGUCUAGAGGAGGUGCGUAGUACCUAGGUGCUCGUCUAUGUAGCUACAAUAAUACAUCAUACAAACCUGCUAGCUAAAGUAGCUGGUAUAGCUUCCAACAAAAA